GACAACGGCCGUUUCACCUACUAUCUACUUUGAUCUUAAAUUCCAUUAUUUAUUAUUUUUAAUUUUACGUUCUUGCAUUUUUCAUUUAUUGUCCAAAAAUAAAUCCAUUUCGACCGACUGUUAUAAAUAUCGGACAAUACUAUAAUUUGUCAUAAGCAUAACAGACUAUGGUCAAUAUUCUUCGGUCAAACGGCUGAAAAACCCAUUUUUAUUAUAUUAUUUUGUUUUCCUUAAUUUACACAUCAUUUGUGAUUGACCUCUAAAGAAUAAUCUUUUUUUUUUGUAUUUGAAUCCUUUAAUUGUUAUGUAUAAUAUUUUGUUAUCAAAGUGAAUAAAAUAACAUUAUACUUAUAUCCAGCUUCUAUAGCUAUCCACAGCAAAAGGUUUCAUUUUACCAUUUACAUAUAUUAAUAUACCUAUCUAUUGCUACAUUCCACUUAGAAUGUCUCAAUUCACUUUUGUCAAUGAUCUUAAAAGUGCCGUGAGAAUGGAUGAACCAAUCACCAGUGGUCCAGCUCCACGUUGGAUGAAGAAAAGCUUAGAAACUUCAAGUUCUGCAAAUACAUCAAGAAAAACUAAUGAUUUCAUGCCUGUCAAGAAGACCCCAUCAAAAACGCCCAAUAAAUCGAAAUCACCAGCUUCAAGAUCAGCAUCAAAUACACCAGCUAAACCUAAAACACCGGGUGGUGACAGGUUCAUUCCUUCCAGAAUGUCUACAAAUUUUGACAUAAGUCAUUUUAAAAUGAACCAAGAAAAUGAAAACCUUGACUUAAGUCCAACUCAAUCAGACUAUAGAAAAGCUAUGUCUGAGAAUCUCCAUGGUUGUGAUAUUAAUAAUGUUCGUGUUCUAUCCUAUCAGAACAAAGCACCGGCGCCUCCAGAUGGUUAUCAAAAUGCUUUAAAAGUAGUUUAUAGCCAAUCCAAGACUCCCAUGAAUAUACGUGGAGCUACUCGUUAUAUACCACAUGCACCAGACCGUAUUUUGGAUGCUCCUGAAAUCGUUGAUGACUAUUAUCUAAAUUUAAUUGACUGGAGCUUUUCCAACAUAUUGGCUGUUGCUUUAGGUACUAGUGUAUAUCUUUGGAAUGCUGACACUGGUGACAUUGACCAAUUGUUAGAUUUAGAAGGUGCAGAUUACGUCACUUCUUUGAGCUGGGUACCUAAUGGAAACCUAUUAGGUGUUGGAACUGCUUUAGGACCUGUACAAUUAUGGGAUGCAUCACAGACAAAACGGCUGCGUAUAAUGAACAGUCACAGUUCAAGAGUAGGUGCUAUGUCAUGGAACAGUCAUAUACUAACUACAGGUUGUAGAAAUGGACAACUUGUUCACAACGAUGUUAGACUGAGAGAACACAUUGCUGGUACAAUUCAAUCUCACACUCAAGAAGUUUGUGGUCUUAAAUGGUCAACUGACGGUCGUUAUCUAGCCAGUGGAGGUAAUGAUAACUUGUUGAAUGUGUACAGUGGCUUACCUGGCCAAGCAACUUACCAAUCUGAACCAAUAUAUAGUUUUAGCCAACAUCAAGCUGCCGUUAAAGCAUUGGACUGGUGUCCAUGGCAAACCAAUGUACUAGCUAGUGGCGGAGGUACAGCCGACCGAACUAUUAGGUUUUGGAAUUGCAACAACGGUCAGUGUAUUAAUUCGGUCAAUGCCAACUCUCAGGUUUGCGCUAUUUUGUGGUCAAAAACGUACAGAGAAUUGGUAUCGGCACAUGGUUUUGCAAACAAUCAACUCACAAUUUGGAAAUACCCUUCGCUGACAAAGGUUGCUGAGCUUACUGGACACACAAAUCGUAUUCUGAAUCUGGCCAUGUCACCAGAUGGUUCAACAGUACUUUCAGCUGGUGCAGAUGAGACCCUGCGAAUGUGGAAGUGUUUUUUACCAGAUCCAAACAAGAAGAAAGAACAUGAGAAACGUUCUUCUAGGCCCACUAUACUAGGUCCAGGUCUAAGAUAAAUAUUUUGUUUCACUUUUUAUCAAUUAAACUUAUGUAUAAUAUUUGUGUCAACUUUUUACUUACACAAUUUAAUCUUUUAAUUUUAUUUAUAAAAGGCUUAGUCAUACUUUUACUUGCAUAAUGUACAUAUUUUAACAGAUUUUGUGUAAUUAUUUUCUCCAUUUUAUUUUAUAUUUUUAUAUUAUUUUCCAUCUAUGUAUUUUCUUGAACAAGUAAUUUUAUGUUAUUUUUAGACCAAAUGUUUUUAGAAUUAGUGC